AUGAGCUACCCUACCGCACACACUACCCAGAUUCAGAACUCUCGUCUGAGGGUUCUGAACAAGCUCAAGUCGGGCGAGUUCCCCUUGAUGACCUUCAUGGCCCUCCCCUCUGUUCGCGCGGCCCAGAUCGUGUCAUUGACCGGUGUUGACGGUAUCAUCAUCGACUGCGAGCACGGCCACAUCGGAGACGAAGCGAUGCACAACUCUGUCGCAGCUAUUUCAGCCCUCGGCGUCUCCCCCGUCAUCCGAAUCCGCGGUCCCGCCCACGACAUUCUCAAGCGUGCGCUCGACACUGGCGCCCACGGCAUUAUGGUCCCACAAAUCAACAACGCAGACGAGGCACGACAGGUGGUCGCCUCAUCUAAAUUUCCCCCUCAGGGAGUUCGCGGUCAAGGAUCCGCUUUCCCAGCCAUUGGACACGGCCUCACCACCCCCGAGUACAUGAAGUCCGCCAACGAGACAAUCGUGACCAUGAUCCAAAUAGAGACGCGCGCUGGAGUUGAGAAUGUUGAGGAGAUUGCUGCUGUGGAUGGUGUUGAUAUGAUCUUCAUCGGUCCUAACGACCUUGCCCAGUCGCUUCUCGGAUACACCCCCGCCCGUGGCGAUGAGCCUGAGUUCGUUGCUGCCGUUGACAAGAUCAUCAACGCCGCCCGCAAGCAGGGCAAGUGGGCCGCUCGCAUGGUGAACAAUGGCACUACUGCGAAGGAGGCGCGGGAACGCUACGACACAGUCGCUAUUACUGGUGACACCAAGGCCAUUCAAAACUGGUAUAUGGCUGAGUUCGAAAUUGCUCGGUCAUAA